CAUUUUUAAAAAUAACAAUGGUGGCUGAACGAGCUGUAUUGUACGCGUACUGGCUAUCUUCAUGUUCGUGGCGAGUGCGCGCUGCACUAUACAUCAAGCGUAUACCAUACGACGAGAAAUCUGUAGACAUCGUGCGAGAGCAGAACCAUCUCACGGACCAGUACCGCGCCAUCAACCCCUCGCAAAAGGUUCCCGCACUAGUUAUUGAUGGAGCAAUUAUCGUUGAGUCAAUGGCGAUUCUUCAAUAUUUAGAAGAUACGCGGCCGGAUCCAGCAUUGACACCUAAAACUCCAUUACUAAGAGCUAGGAUGACAGAGAUAUGCGAGACUAUAGUAUCGGGGAUCCAACCGCUACAAAACAUAGGAUUAAGAAGUCACUUUGAAAGCAAAGAGAAGUUCCAGUCUUUCACAAAGUACUGGACAGAGCGAGGUCUUAGGACAAUCGAGGAUCAGCUGCAAACAACCGCAGGCAAAUACUGUGUCAAAGACCAGCUGACUAUGGCCGACCUGUGUCUAGUGCCACAAGUUUAUAAUGGUGUAAACAGGCACGCUCUGGACUUGAAUAAAUACCCGAUACUUCACAAAAUCUAUAAAACUCUGUUAGAGGAAGACGUUUUUAAGAAAACACAUCCAGAGAUCGUGAAAUCUGAGAAAUUAAUUAGAUUAUAAAUAAAAAUAUAUACGUAUCUUA